UUAGUUUUGACAUUUAAAAUUGUAGAAUAUUCAAGGUUUUUGUGAAUAAUCGUAAAUAGCAAGAGGUGAAAAGUAUCCGUAAUCAUCCGGACGUUAAAAGGCUUUUUCUCAUAAAUCACCAUGGCGGCGUUCCCUGGAAGUAUCGCCUUCGACGAAUACGGCAGACCUUUUAUAAUCCUGAGGGACCAAGAUAAGCAAAAACGUCUAACCGGAAUCGACGCCCUAAAGUCUCAUAUUUUGGCCGCAACCCAAAUCGCAAACACCGUUCGAACUUCAUUGGGGCCCAAGGGCCUUGACAAAAUGAUGGUGUCACCUGACGGGGAUGUAACAGUUACCAAUGAUGGAGCCACCAUUUUAAAACUUAUGGAUGUCGAGCAUGAAAUUGGCAAAUUACUUGUAGAACUGUCACAGUCUCAAGACGACGAAAUUGGUGAUGGAACUACCGGUGUAGUAGUCCUAGCGGGUGCCCUGCUGGAACAGGCCGCCGCCCUAUUAGACAGGGGCAUUCACCCGAUAAGGAUCGCCGAUGGGUUCGAAUUGGCAUGUCAGACUGCCGUCAAUCAUUUAGAAAAGAUCGCGGAACUGUUCCCGGUGUCGGCCACCAAUAAGGAGCCUCUUAUUAAGGUCGCGAUGACCACAUUGGGCUCGAAGAUCAUUAACAAGUGUCACAGACAGAUGGCGGAGAUCGCCGUCGAUGCUGUGCUAGCCGUGGCCGAUUUGGAACAGAAAGAUGUCAACUUUGAGUUGAUCAAAGUGGAAGGAAAGGUUGGAGGUAAACUGGAAGACACAAUGCUAGUCAAAGGGGUGGUAAUCGACAAGACCAUGUCACACCCACAAAUGCCCAAAGAACUGAAAAAUGUCAAAUUGGCAAUUUUGACUUGUCCGUUUGAGCCCCCCAAGCCAAAAACGAAGCAUAAGUUGGACGUUAAGGAUGUCCAGGCUUUCAAGGAACUGAGACAGUAUGAGCAGGACAAAUUUAAGGAAAUGGUUGAUUUGGUGAAGAAAGCAGGUGCGACUUUGGCCAUUUGUCAAUGGGGAUUCGAUGAUGAAGCUAACCAUUUACUGUUGCAAAACGAUCUUCCUGCUGUCCGUUGGGUGGGCGGUCCCGAAAUCGAAUUAAUCGCGAUCGCAACCGGCGGUCGAAUCGUACCGAGAUUCGAGGAAUUGAACGCGGACAAACUGGGCUCGGCCGGACUGGUCCGCGAGUUAUCUUUCGGCACCACCAGCGACAAAAUGUUGGUUAUCGAGGAAUGUUCCAACUCGAGAGCCGUCACCAUUUUGGUUAGAGGUGGUAACAAAAUGUUGGUGGAAGAAGCAAAGAGGAGUUUGCACGAUGCCUUGUGUGUAGUCAGGAGCUUAGUGCAAGAGCCCAGAGUGGUUUACGGAGGUGGUGCAUCGGAAAUAGCAUGCAGUCUAGCCGUUGCUGCUCAGGCAGACCAGUUGGCUUCCCUCGAGCAAUAUGCUUAUAGAGCUUUUGCAGAAGCUUUGGAAGCUAUUCCUUUGGCGCUCGCUGAGAAUAGCGGAUUGUCUGCUAUUCAUUCGCUGGGAGAAGUUAAGGCGAAGCAAUCGUCCUCGGGAGAUCCAGCUUUAGGAAUCGAUUGCAUGUUCACGGACAACCUGAACAUGCGGGAGCAACACGUUAUCGAAUCUCUAAGAUCUAAACGGCAACAGCUUCUUUUAGCCACCCAACUGGUGAAAAUGAUCUUGAAAAUCGACGACGUGCGAUCUCCCAAUGACCCUCAAGGUUAAAAGCUUUAAUAGUUCGUUUUUUCUAAAUAGUAUUUUGCAUUUUGAACCUUAUUAUUAAUAAUGCUUUCAAGUAAUUAUUCUAAUCAUACUGAUACUUAACUCUCGUUUCGUUAUUCACCCCUCAUUUUAUGGCUAUUUGCGAUUUAGUCACUAACUAGUUAAUAAAGUUUUUUUAAAAAGAA